AUGGGCCUCAAGUCAUACUUUACUCCCGGCAAGGGGGCCAACGCGAAGGAGGAAGAAAAGGGACAUGUCAAGACGAUAUCGAUCACCGACACCGCUGCCAUGGCCAUGACCGAUGUUGGUCCGUCUGGAAAGACGAGUCCUCCUCUUCCCAGGCCUACUCCUAUCCCUGGAACACCCGACCUGCUGACCCCCAGCGGUAACGGCAGUCCUUAUGGUUCUCGUCCAGGCUCGAUCUAUUCUCGGCGAACACUCUACCCAGCCGGUGACUUUCGAAACACGGCAAGAGACAGUCUGCUUGAUGUCAAGACAGAUGUCAUGUGCAGCUGGCUCUAUCAACGACAAAUGGAGAAACAAUACGUGACUGGUAUGCUCCCGGGUGAAGGAGUAGUUAUCAAGAAGGGAAAGAACAAUUAUACUUGUUGCCCACCACAGCUCCGAGACUUGCCAGGAAACCUGCAUGACAUGGCUAUGCAACUCAACGUCCGAUGUGCCAUGACGGUAAAUACCAGAGUUGUCAAUGUAAUUCUGAGCUCCAGGAGAAGCGCGUUCGAUUACAUCCCCUUGCCCGAUGGCCUCCGAUUGCAGGUCCUGGCAACCAUGACCGACCUUCCCCGCUGCCAAAAGCAUCACUUUGCUGCUUUUAUUCAGGAUUCCGGCAUACUAGUCGUCUGGGAAGACGAGCCUCAAAAACUGCUGCCCAGAGCAGAAGCUAUUGAGCGACAGUUGAUGAGAAUGAUCUGGGGCACUGGCAACGAUGAAGACGAGGAUGAUGAGAAGAAUCAGGUCGAGGUUGGCGUAUCGGCCGUCGAUCUCGAAGCUUCCCUCGAUGGGGAGGUCAGGAAGACCAAGCUGACCAGCGCCAUGAUUGUCGGACUCACAAUGGCACUUUCGAUUACUUGCGUCGGUGUAGGUCUCCGCAAUAUCGUAUACGAGCUCUCUGUGGACGGCUCCUAUACCCGACUGGCUCUUCUUGCUGUGGUCCCUGUGCAGAUCUUUAUCUCUCUGUUCUUCUUCCAGACAAUCAUUGUCAACUUAUUCGAGGUCUUUGGGCCCAUUUCUGCUGUGGACAAGAAUUCCAAAUACUAUUCAGGAAAGGCACCAAGACGUUUGGACCGCAACUUCACUGCCCUGCCUCACGUUACAAUUCAGAUGCCUGUCUACAAGGAGGGUCUCAACGGUGUCAUCAAGCCCACGAUCGCCUCAGUCAAGCAGGCCAUUUCAACCUAUGAGAUGCAAGGUGGCACGGCCAAUAUCUUCAUUAAUGAUGAUGGUAUGCAAUUGAUUACUGAGGAGCAGGCCGAGGCGCGCCGUGAGUUCUACGAGGAAAACAACAUUGGCUGGGUGUCCAGACCCAAGCACAACCCCAAGCCUGCCGAGGGUGAAAGCGUUUUCCUGCGACGAGGAAAAUUCAAGAAGGCCUCGAACAUGAACUACGCCCUGAUGGUCAGCAACCGUGUCGAAGAUAAACUGCUUCAAGUCUCACGUGCACCGACCUGGUCUCAGGAUGACGAAAACGCAGCUUACAACCAGUGCCUCGACGAGGUCAUUCAGGAGGAUGAGGGCCGAACCUGGGCUGAAGGCAACAUUCGCGUUGGCGACUACAUUCUGAUCAUUGAUUCUGACACACGUGUGCCUGGGGACUGUCUUCUGGAUGCUGUCAGCGAAAUGGAGCAAUCACCCGAGGUGGCCAUCUUGCAGUUUACGUCGGGCGUCAUGCAAGUCAGCACCUCGUUUUUCGAAAGUGGUGUCACUUGGUUUACACAGCUCAUCUACUCGGCCAUCACCUUCACCGUCGCCAAUGGAGAUGCCUGCCCGUUUGUCGGCCACAAUGCCAUGUUGCGGUGGUCAGCUAUCCAAGAUGCCGUCGCCUACCAGGACGAGGAUGGUUACGAAAAGUACUGGUCUGAGUCUCACGUGUCCGAGGAUUUCGAAAUAUCCAUGCAGCUUCAAUGCGCAGGCUACACCCUACGCUUCGCCGGGUACACUGGGGAUGGCUUCAAGGAGGGCGUCUCUCUUACUGUGUACGACGAACUGGCCAGAUGGGAGAAAUAUGCCUACGGCUGUAACGAGCUCCUGUUCCAUCCUCUUCGAUACUGGAUCACUCGCGGCCCCUUUACCCCCUUGUUUAGAAGAUUCAUCGGCUCGUCCAUCGCCCUCCCCAAGAAGCUCACUAUUCUUGCUUACAUCGGUACCUACUACGCCAUUGGUGCUGCUUGGCCGCUCACUUUGUUGAACUACUUCAUUUCUGGAUGGUUCUUUGGAUUGCUGGACAAGUUUUACCUUGAUUCGUUUGCUAUCUAUGUCUCGAUCAUUGUCGUAUUCACAGCUUUUGGCAACUUUGCUCUUGCAAUUCUCCGAUACAGACUCAAUGAGCAAGGACUGCUCGCAGCCUUUUGGAACAAUAUGAAGUGGAUUCCCAUGUUCACCAUCUUCCUCGGCGGCAUCCAGCUGCAUGUGUCACAGGCUCUCUUGUCGCACUUCUUCGGCAUUGAGAUGAACUGGGGCGCCACGGCCAAGGAAAUUGAAGACGUCAACUUUGUCGAGGAGAUUCCGAGACUGCUCAAGCGAUUCAAGGGUACCUUUAUCUUUGUUCUCCUUAUGACCGCCCUUAUGGUUUGCGGUUCCUUUGUCUUUCCAUACCAAUGGCGCAUCAACGACUUUGCGGCCAUCUGGCCACUGGGAAGCUGCACGAUCACGCACUUCUUGCUGCCAGUGGCGCUCAACCCUGCCCUGAUGGUGUUUGCCUGGUAG